CACUACUACAUAGAAGAAAGCGGAUGGUAUGGUUCUGGUACACAGCGUCCUGAUGACUUAACUAUUUAUCCUUUCAAGGUUGAUGUUCCCGAAAAGGAUCUCAUGCGGAGACUUGAGAACGCUCGCAUUUCCCACACUCAUCUUGAAGAUUCUGAUAAUUUUUGGUACGGAUUCAAUUCUGAAGAGCUGGAGGUAUUCAGGAAGUACUGGUUGAAUGAUUACAACUGGAGGGAAUACGAAGCUGUUAUCAAUGCAUUUAGACAUUUCAUGACAGAAAUUGAAGGUCUCAAGGUCCACUUUAUCCGUGAAACUGCCGCUGCCGGGUAUAAGAAAGUGUUUCCACUCCUAAUCGUCCACGGUUGGCCUGGUAAUGUGUUCGAGCUUUACAAGAUUAUACCUAUGUUAACCGACCCAAAAAAGUAUGGAAUCCCUUCAGAUAUUGCCUUCGAAGUGGUGGCACCGUCAAUUCCCGGCUACGGCUGGUCUGACCAACCAAAAAAGACAGGAUUUAGUCAAGUGACCUGUGCUCGAGUGUUUCGGAAGUUGAUGGAACGUCUAAACUUUAAUAAAUUCUAUUUACAAGGAGGAGAUUGGGGCGCAAUUAUCAAUGUUAUCCUCGCCAAGCUGUAUCCAGACCGAGUUUUUGGAAUUCAUUUAAAUAUGAUGCCACUUAUACCACUCUCUUCUUUCAAAGUAACAGCACUUGAAAUCAUCGGCACACUAUUUCCAAAGGUUUUGGUUUUCUCCUCUGCGAACCACCAUAAUCAUAGUAUCCUUGAAAAAUUUUCGACCAUGAUAGUGGAAAGUGGUUAUAUGCAUCUACAGGCGACAAAGCCAGACACAGUAGGUACCGCGCUCAAUGACUCACCAAUUGGCUUGGCUGCGUACAUUCUAGAGAAGUUCUCAACGUGGACCAAUUUGGGGAACAGAGCUCGUCGAGAUGGUGGCCUAACGAAAAAAUUUUCUCGAGGUGAACUGAUAACAAUAGUGAUGAUUUAUUGGUUGAACGGGAAUAUCGUUUCAUCUCAGAGGUUCUACCGCGAAUACUUCCUUGACCAGCGAAAUAAUGCUUUGAAAAAGGUAUAUAUGGCAGUUCCGACUGCGCACGCUUCUGGAUUGAAUGAAUUGUUCGAUAGGACGCCUCCUGAGAUCUCAUCAAUGACAUGCAACCUCACCCGCUACACCGUCAUACCUGACAUGGGUCAUUUCGCUGCACUCGAAGCGCCCCAACCGCUUGCGGCCGACAUUUUUGACUUCGUUAAUUCAUUGGAGAAAUAG